GUCAUGAAGAGAAAGGCAACAGGAAAGGAUAUUGCUCAACCAACAGAACUCAAAAAGAGCUUUUUACAGACAAGGCUCUUUUUUGCUCCUCUACCUGCCGAACCUCCCCGAGAGAAACGCAAAGCACAGGCCACACCUAAUCGUCCUCCGAAAAAACAGAACACGAUACAAAUGACUACAGAAAAAGUCCAUCCAACCCCAUGUCCAGUGGAUCAAUGCGAUGCUAGUGUACCUCGUCUUAGUUGCUCGGCUGUCAAUUCAACCACAAACCAACCAUGUACAUUAUCAUUCUGUGAACAUUGUGUUGAGACAUUGUACGGGGAGACGCGCGAAAGUAUUAAAUCAAAAGACAGGAUUUACGUAACAAGUAAAGGGAGUAUUAUUCGUCAUCAGCAUAAACCUCCCCUUCACUGGGCAUGCCCUGUAUGCAGGGACAUAUGUGUGUGCAAGUUCUGUAACGACAAGACAUCUGAUUUACCAUCUUCUUUAUCUGUAUCCUUGAGCAAGAUAUCCUUGACACCAGAUAUUUCGCGACCUAAUCGACUUACCUUUGGACAAAAAUCUACCCCCAUUAACCCUCCUGAGCUUGUCCCUGUUACCCUUUUGCAUAGUGAAGAGGAGAUAUGGGUGCGUCUACAGAUCCGUGAAUUUAUUUACCGAUUUGACGAGAUAUGCGCCAUUGAACCGCGUAUAUUGGCCACUCUCCAGAACGUCCAAUGCGAUUGGCGAGUCAAGCGGCUGGCUGCCACUUUGGUCUGGCAUUGUCUUUUGAUCAUCAGCACAAGUUAUUAUGAGACAGGAGCCACGAGCAACAAAACCAUACCAAAGAACAUCGGUCUGGAUCAUUUGGCUGGCGGCAGUCAUUAUGCACCACACAUGGCUGCACGGAUUAUUGAGGUGUGGAUUGAGGAGGAAGGACUGGAUGAUCCCAUGAUCCACAGGGAAGAGAGAGACGCAGCCUUCAAGAUGAUUCUUCAGAGAGAGGGCAUGAGUGCAAAACGCUGGCAGGAUGUUGGCGAAAUGUUGGCCGCAGCCGGAUUUGGUGAUUUGCCUGUUCCAACCUUUCGAGAUAGCAAGGCAUCGACUGAAGAUGAAUGGCAAGAGGUCUCAAAGGUCAUCCAGCGAUUCCGCCGCCUAAAACGUCAGGCAUCUCCGCUAACCUCGCUGGACGAACUCGGGAUGGUACAGAGACUGCUGGAAAUGCUGCUGUUUGAUGUAAAAGUGCGUGAACAGCUCAAUGACUCGUCCAAGGGGCUCAAGGAAAAGGAACUUGUACUCAAAAACGAACGCAAGACAUACCAGCAAGAAGAUUCGAGAAAUAAGGUGAAGAAAAAUGGAUUAUUGAGCCGUGUUAGUCAGCUGCGGGCGGUAGGCAAGGACACUAUGAGACUUGAGGCAGAAGGUGAACUUGAGCAACUUGAGGUGACGAUACGAGACAGCCGUGCUGAUAUGGAAGCAAAGGAGCUUGCGUUUAUGAUCGCCAAACAAAGGGCCGAGAAGAGACUGCAGUGUGCCGGAACAGACAACACGGGAAAUACGUACUGGCUAUUUAGUGAUCUUCUGGCACCACCUAUGGAGCGUGUCGGACACAGCUACGGAAAUAGCGAGGCAUGGUGGGCACACGGAGUUGUUGUUGUCGGUCCAGGCUUUACAGGAGGGACAGAGAUCGCAUGGUGGCGCUUGGAGGGUAUUGAGAAUAUGGUUCAAUUAGAGAAGUAUUUGCAACAGGAGAUGGAUGGAGCGCAUAGAAAGGGCGAAUACGCUGUGGAAGUAUCCAAUCUUACAAAGCGGCUUUACAAUCGCACACAAUACCUGCGGACAAUGGAGUGGUGUGUGUUUGGUGAAGGCUACUUUCGAUAAUUUUUGGGAUUUCUUCUUCUUCUUCUUCUUCUUUCUAUCUUCUCAAGACAAGAAGUACAAAAGAAACCAAAAGACAAUAUGUACAUAAAAGAUAAUACAAGUUGAACGUGUGUAACAGUUCACAUUAUAAGUCU